AAGAGUCAGAAACUUCAUCGGAAAACAUGGAGGCGCUGCAAUGGAGGCUCUUCCCGCUGCUCACACUACUCCUCUCUUUCUUACUCUUCUUCUUCUUCCAAUACUCACCCACGCUAAAUCAGAAGCAAUGCAGCCUGCUUCCUUACCAACAUUAUUGGAUUGCAAGCAAGCGCAUUGUGACACCUCAAGGGGUUAUUUCUGGACUAGUUGAGGUGAAGGAGGGGAAGAUUGUCUCUAUUGUUAAAAAAGAGGAAAAGGAUGGGAAAACCAAGUUGGAGAAUGUAAUCGAUUAUGGAGAUGCUGUUGUCAUGCCCGGCUUGAUUGAUGUGCAUGCACAUCUUGAUGAUCCUGGACGAAGUGAGUGGGAAGGAUUUCCAUCAGGGACUAAAGCUGCUGCUGCUGGUGGUAUAACAACCUUGGUUGACAUGCCUCUGAAUAGCUUUCCUUCCACUGUUUCUAGAGAGACCUUGGAGCUCAAGCUUAAGGCUGCUGAGAGCAGAAUUUAUGUUGAUGUUGGUUUCUGGGGAGGCCUUGUUCCUGAAAAUGCAUUCAACAAAUCUGCUCUUGAGGAUCUCUUAAAUGCCGGUGCUCUUGGUUUGAAGUCUUUCAUGUGUCCAUCAGGGAUCAAUGACUUUCCUAUGACAAAUAGCAGUCAUAUAAAGGAGGGUCUGUCUGUACUGGCAAAAUAUCGAAGGCCUUUACUUGUACAUGCAGAGAAACAACCUGAUCCUGAAACUAACUUGGGCAUCGAAGAUAAUAGUAAUGAUGCUCGUUCUUAUUCGACAUAUCUCAAAACCAGGCCACCUUCAUGGGAAGAGGCAGCUAUAAAAGACCUAGUUACCUUGACAAAGGACACAAGGAUUGGUGCUCCUGCAGAAGGAGCUCAUCUUCAUAUUGUGCACUUGUCUGACUCAAGCUCUUCAUUAGAUCUUAUUAAGGAAGCAAAAAGAGGAGGCGACAGUUUAACUGUUGAGACGUGCCCCCACUACUUAGCUUUCUCAGCAGAAGAGAUUCGGGAUGGAGAUACUCGUUUUAAGUGUUCUCCACCCAUCCGUGAUGCUGUCAAUAAGGAAAAACUGUGGACAGCUUUAGUGGAAGGGGAUCUUGACAUGUUGAGCUCUGAUCAUUCACCAACAACGCCCGAGCUUAAGCGUCUGGAUGAUGGUGACUUUCUAAAGGCUUGGGGUGGUAUCUCAUGUUUGCAGUUUGUUCUUCCUGUGACAUGGUCGUAUGGCCAGAAAUAUGGAGUAACUUUAGAACAAAUGGCUCUAUGGUGGAGCGAAAGGCCGGCCAAACUUGCUGGACAAAAACUAAAGGGGGCAAUUGCAAUUGGAAACAAUGCAGAUAUCGUAGUAUGGAAUCCAGAUGUUGAAAUUGACCUUGAUGAUAGCCAUCCUGUAUAUAUUAAGCAUCCAAGUAUUUCAGCCUACAUGGGAACAAAGUUAUCUGGAAAAGUCUCAGCUACUUUUGUUAGAGGAAACCUUGUCUUCAAAGAAGGAAAUCAUGCUCCUGUAGCCUGUGGUGUUCCGAUUCUCGCCAAAGAACAACUCUAACGUGAUUACCAAGUGGCUCACUUAUGCAAGUCUUGGCACUACUGGUCUCAUUGUUUCAUCCUUAACUCUAGCGCAUUCUGAUAUAGUACCUGUUCAUAUAAGAUAGCUCUGAAUAAGUCCACAAGAAUGAGAAUCAAUAUCCAGCUUGAUUCCUAUCAGAAUCACCUUUCCGCUAUCACUAAUAAUACUGUAUGAUAGUGUAUGUGUCACUGUUAAACAUUGAUUUGAUGCCGUUUCCAGGCAAUGUAAAUAGUGCUUUCCCAAAUAUGUAAUCGACAUUCGACAGUUUGAUGUAAAAUUUGAUAUAUCCAUUUGCACUUGCUGGUG